UCCACUUUGCACUUGCUCACACGAUCGAUCACUACGACGGACAAGUCGUCCCAAGCUAAUAAAUGGGCUCGUGCGUCUCGCGCUCGCCGGCGUCGGCGGUGGCGGGGUCAGGGCGGUCAUUGGCCACCAAGACAGCGAAGGUGGUGGACGUAGACGCCUCCAUGGCGCAGUUCGCGGCGCCCGUCACGGCGCGUGAGGCCCUGGAUAGUGUACAAGAGCGCCGCCCAGGCGCGUCGGUCUUCCUAUGCAGCUCCGACGAGCUCCGCUUCGACGUGCCCACCCGCGCGCUUGCGGCCGAGGAGGCCCUCCAGCCCGGGUGGCUCUACUUCGUGUUGCCCAUGUCCACGCUCCGCCGCUCACUCUCCGGGCCGGAGAUGGCCGCGCUCGCCGCCAGAGCCAGCUCGGCGCUGGCCGUCGCCAGCGGCGUUGCGUCACCCCCGCGGCGCAGGAACGGGGCCGGGGUGCCAGGCGCCAAUGGCAAGCGACGGAAGGCGGCGGCUCGCGUGUCGCCGCUCGUUGUCGCGGACGAGAUCGCCGGAUCAGACGGUGGAUCGGAUCAUCACCAUGUGUACGGAAAGUACGGCGGCGAUGAGCCAGCGGCGAAGGCCAGGAAGAGAGCUAGUUGGGGUGGAAGCCGCAGCAGCACUCGCCGUCGUCGCCGUGCAUCAGGCACCCCAACGCUGAGCUCCAUUUUGGAGGCCGAUGACUUCUGAGCAACCCGGUAAUGAUUCAACAGUUAGAUUCUUGGGAGUUGGGAGUGGUUAGCAACUUUUUUUUUUGUUAUCAUGGAUUAGUUUAGUUGAUUGAGUUAAUCGGUCCAGUUUGUUGCGUUGCUCGACCGAUGUAUAUACUGCAUACGAGUUAUAUGUACAGCAUGCUUGAUCCUUCGAUG